CGUGGAUAGUUUUAGCUAUUUCCAAAAUACAAGCAGCAGACCAGGCUGAAGGGAAGGAGUACCACCGUCAACAGUUUCGAGAUACUGUAAGUGCUCUUUUGUAGAGUAUUAGAAACUGUAAGUGCUCUGUAGAGUAUUAGAAACUGUAAGUGCUCUGUAGAGUAUUAGAAACUGUAAGUGCUCUGUAGUGUAUUAGAAACUUUAAGUGCUCUGUAGAGUAUUAGAAACUGUAAGGGGUCUGUAAAGUAUUAGAACCUGUAAGGCAAGGCGGUUAGUACCCAGAGACUCUAAAAAUGUGCGCUCAGGAGAAAGAGAACUAUACUUUUAACAAUGCGAGUAACGAUAUAUUAACUUUGAAAGAUCGCUAGCUUUCAUUCAGUUUAAAACAGUAAUUGGUUUAAUUAGUAAUUAGUAUUUCAGAUCAAUACAUCUGCCAAGCCAUUAUGAAUAUCACUUGGAAUAGCGAGCGUUUGAGAUCGCCCGUAUCUAUCACAGCUUAGAUCUCAUUCAAAAGUGAAAUGGUUAGCUUCUUACGGGUCAUUGUUUUUAUCGCUAAUUUUAAAUUUUGGAAGUUAACUGUCAAUUGUUAGACAUUGAAUAUCUAACUUUGAAAUUGCUUUUAAAAAUACUUUAUAAAACCAGUUGUUUAUUUUUUAAGGAGUGACCACUAUGGAGAGGAGUGAACUUGACCUGUUCAUUAACUUUGUAGGCUCCUUUCACCCCUCCAUUAAAAUCACAUCUCUUAUCUCUGAGACCUCAGUCAAUUUCUUAGACAUUACAGUCACUCUUCACAAAGACACCCUACACACCUCUGCCUACUUUAAGCCCACUGACAGCCAUAGCUAUCUACUCUACUCUUCAUCCCACCCUAAAUCCUGUAAGGACUCUAUUCCUUUCUCUCAAUUACUUCGUCUUCGUCGACUUUGUCGGUCGGAUGAGGACUUUUGGGACAAGGCACUUGAAAUGAUAGACUUUUUCCGGUGUAGGUCUUACCCGGAGACAGUACUUUCAUCAGCCCUCCAAAGGGUUAAGAAUAUUACACGUGCUGAUGCCUUCAGACCACGUCUGAGCGACAAUGUUGACAGGACAAAACUCAUUUUAACUUAUCACCCUCACAAUCUGAUUGCUAAACGUGUUUUCCUUAAACAUCGAUCUAUACUACUCGCAGACACCGACACACGAGAAAUUUUCUCUUCCCCACCUCUCAUUGUUUUCAGACGGGAUAAAAAUCUGAGAGACCUGCUUGUACGCAGUCGUAUCAAUGCUCCCCCCUCCCACUUUGGGACCAAGCCGUGUGGACGCAGUCGUUGCAACACGUGCCCUUUUGUCGUCCAGACUGAACGCAUACGUUUCCCCAAGGGCAGUUUUCAGAUACGCGACGGUUUCCUCUGUACAAGCCGCAACGUUAUCUACGCCAUUGUCUGCACCCGCUGUCAGAUGACAUACAUAGGGGAGACUGGACGCCGUCUCUCGGACAGGUGUACCGAACACCUCCGAAACAUUACACAAGAUAAACAGUGUCCCGUCUCCAAACACUUCAAUAGUAGCGACCACCGGGGCAAGGCGGACUUUUCAAUAAGUGCGAUUGUGGCCAGCACUAACACCGCCAGCCGGGUCAAUUUGGAACACAGACUUAUCCUGACUUACGGCACUUUGACGCCAGAUGGGAUUAAUGUUAUGUCUCUGUUCACAGCUUGACCCUAGCUCCGCCCCUCCACGUUCUGACCUAUCACAGUGAACAUUUUUCUCCCCCCUUUUUUUCGCCGCUGCUUAUUUAAACUCUCACUCAUUUUCCUUCUGCCACACUUCUAUUGCUGCCCACAGAUACUACUUACCAGCUAAGUGCUAUUUCUUAUUUUUAUACCGUUUUUUCUGUUGUUUUGUUCGUUGACGAAAGCUUUCUGCCAACACGUUCGCUGUUUUGUUGCGUUUAUUUUUUCAGGUUUAACCCUACUCUGUUUUACUCAUUUUAUUUUGUACUAACCUGAUUGCAGUCUCUCCCCUUAUUACCCCUUAUUUUUUAAAAUUACCAUACCUCCGUUUUAAGGAGACCGUUACAACAAUGCAAUAUUGCAUAAAUAAGAUAGUUUAAAAAAAUUAAAGCCUUGCAUUUAGUUAUUAAAUGGGUUCAAAUAAACAAACUUUGUUUUUUCAAGAAAUGGACUAAAUUAUUUCAAUAUUGAAACCAUCGACAUAUAUACAGCAGUAUAGCAUGCUUUUAUGUGAAACUGAAAGUUCUGGUUCUGGUAGUGUUCGUUGCUGCAUCCAUAUACUGGCAUAUGUGCAACGGUUGGGGAGGCAAUGUAGCAAUCCUAACAGCUCCUAGCAGAUGCCAGGGCAGCCUUGAAACUUUCAAUUGAUGUCGAGUCCACGGCGGCACUGUCCCGGUGGUUCCACCAGGGCAGCCUUGAAGCUUUCGAUUGAUGUCGAGUCUACGGCGGCAUUGUCCCGGCGGUUCCACCAGGGCAGCCUUGAAGCUUUCGAUUUAUGUCGAGUCCAUGGCGGCACUGUCCCGGUGGUUCCAAGCGAUUAUUGUCCCUGGAAAGCAGUGUUUCUUUCAGACAUUUCCCCCGGGGGAGGGGGUUUGGGGCAUUUCAAAUUUUUGGGUGUGGGGGUGGCUGUGCCAUUUGCCAGUGGCCAGAGGUGUAGCUAAGGGGUGGCAGAUGGGGCAAAAGUCACGGGGCACCAGUCUAGCGGGGAGGGGGCAAAAUGGGCUUUUAUGGUAUAUAAUGGUUGAAAAUAAUGAAUUUCAGAGUUAAAAAAGGGGGGGUGGGCGUAAAAAUGAAUCUUGUGCCUUGACGCCAAACACUGUUGAUACACACCUUCUAGUGGCGUCAAAAUUAGGUGGAUGGGGUGGUCCAUCCAGAUGUCACUUUUUCUUUAUAUGCUGGUGUGACAUUUUCGAGCAACUGCAGUUUGUAUCUUGAAAAGAACUACGGCAAAAUAUUUUCCCGCGCCAUGGCGGGAAUAGUAGCUUCAUUAAUAGGCAGUGUAUUUAUCGAUGUCAAAAUCGGAAGGCAUUUUCAUUGAGGGCGUCGAUGAAUCUUGAUCGAUGGAGGGAUCUCAGAAAUGUUUUGAUUAUAUCAAGGUCAAGAGGUGUAUUUUUGAGUUUAGCUGAAUUCAAUGCUUUUAUUUUACUUUUAUUAUAAUCAACCCACUACUGUACAAUUGAUCAGCGUGAGGGAAGGAGUGCAGACAUUUCGGACGGGGAGGCCCAAAAUUAGCAAUAAUAAUGAUCAAAGACUUCUUACAUUCCACACCAGUGAGACGUCAACUAUAUUCCUUCUACUUGUGUCACCCUUGAACGACACACUCAGUUACAUAAACGUAUAAAUAAAAUUUGGCAAGAAGAGAAAAUUCCAACAGAAGGAGAAACAGCAUUAAUAACCCCAUUACACAAGAAAGGCUCCAAACUUCAGUGGGAAAAACUACAGAGGAAUCUAAUCUCCUUAUGAAAUGUUUCAUACAAAAUACUGACGAAGCUAACUGCCAAAAGACUAAAACCGUAGCCUGCAGAUAUACUAGGUAAUUACCAAUGUGGAUUCAGGCAAAACAAAGCAACAAAUGAUCAACUUUGUAUCAUUAGAUGCCCAGUAGAGAAAUGUUAUGAAUAUACUAUCCCAGUACACCAACUCUAUGUGGAAUAUAAAAUGGCCUAUGACAGCAUCAAAAGAAAAUACCUCUUUGAGACUCUGCACGAGUUUGGCACACCCAACAAACUGACCAGACUGAUAUAUGUAAUAUUGAAAAACUCAAAAAAACAAAAUCAAGGUUCAAGAAGAAUAUUCAAGGGAAUCUUAGAUUAGACAAGGCCUAAGACAAGAUACUCCCUGUCUUGUAUGCUAUUUAACUUAACAUUAGAGAGAGUCAUAAGAAGCGUGCAUAUUGACACCCGAGGAACAACAACAGGAUACUUUCUGAGGGAAACCCAAGACCCACAACCAAUAGGCACUCUCUACAAUCAACCCCUUAAGUAUCUUGCAUAUGCUGAUGACAUAGCACUGUUACGAAAAAGUAUUAAAGUCAUAUCAAAAUCCUUUAUUGAAUUAGAAGAUGCAUCACUACAAGCAGGGCUGGAAGUUAACAACCAAAAAAUAAAUACAUGACUAUGAUAAGAGAAGAAGAACAAACAGAUGAAGCAAUUAAAAUUAGAAAUUAAAAAAAAAAAAGUGAAUCAAUUCAAAUACCUAGGAUCCUUAUAACUAAAUGAAAGAAACAAAUUACUAGCAGAAAUAAAAGAAAGAAUAUCAGCCUGAAACAGGGCAUACGUCAGUAGUCAGAAAAUACUCAAAAGUAAAAACAUUACAAGAGAAACAAAGAAAACUAUUAAUAAAAAAAGUGAUCAGACCAGGUGUAACAUAUGCAAGUGAAACUUGAACCCUAACAAAACAGCAGAAAACAUAUUUAAACACGUGGGAGAGAAAAGUUAUCAGGAAAAUAUAUGGACUAACAAAGGAUGAAUAUGGAUGGACAAUACGAACCAACCAUGAAUUAUAGUCCACAUUAGGAUCCACGUUAAUAGAAAUAACAAAGGACAGGCUAUUCUUGGCAGGACACUUAGAGAAAAUGCCAUAUACAGAGGAGUUAAGAGGGUGCAUCACCAAAACCCCAGAGGAAAAUGGCUCAAAGGGAGACCUUUGAUGAUGUGGAAUGGAUGUGGAAAAAAAAUCUACAACAACGAUGCAGUGUUCCUCAGAUAUUUAGGGCUUUAAAUAUGUGAUGAGGAUAUUUUCUUAAUUAUCAUCCUUCAAUGCAGGGUGGAAUGACCUGCUUGUGUUAGGCAAAAAAAAUAUUUGUACAGUACUAAAAAUAGUAUUAUGGCAUUUAUUUUUAUUUAUGAAUUUUUUUAAAUUUUUUUUUUUUUUUUGGUUUUUUAACUUUAAUUUUCCGUCCUACAUUUGCUUCUAGAUUAGGGUGAACUGGAAAAAAAACGGUCCACUUUGAAGGACGGUUGGGGGGGGGGGAGGUUGUCAGGGGGGAGAUAGCUACUUAAUUAAUAAAUAAAUGUUCAAGACACAACGAAAUCAAUCAAAAGGUUUCCAUCACUAAAAAGCACCGACAAACAUUAUUUCAUCUGCUCAAUGCAACUGGACAAAAAACUGACUUAUUUUUAAUUAGACUAAAUUUUUCCAAAUUUUAUUUAGAAGUAAAAAGAUACAAAAACAACAGCCUGUUAAUUAGAAAGUCGUGAAAACAUGUCAUUUUUAUAAAUCGUAUGAGAACGGCGCGUAACUAUUUUAAGAAGCCAUGAGUUGGUUACAAAGACAUUAUGUAUUUAUAAUGUUUGAUUUUAUCUAAGAAAAUCGUAUGCCAUUAAUAAAUUAUAUAUUUCCCAAUAUUCAGUCGACUGAAAUGUUUAUUUGUAAUUUCAAAAUACUAGAACUUUGUUUCAAAUAAUUUACAAAUUGCCUCUUAGAUAUACUUAAAAACACGUUUUAAAAAAAAACAACAAAUCCACAGAAUUUAUUUUACAUUGAAAAAAUUUGGAAUAAGAUUUUUUGUUCUAAAACUAGUUCUUACAUUUUUUUUAAAUAAAUAGAAUUAACAAUCGAAAUGCUAGUUAAGAGAAGUCUAUACCUUCUUUCAACUUUCUGAUUCCCAUCUAUAAACAUUUUUUUUUUAAAUCGAGCCAACAGUUGGGACAUUGUAAAUAUAGGCUUUGUAUUUUUUAAACCUCUGCUAUGCAGGAAACAUUGUUACUAAAGUAGCACAUUAGAAAAAAACACAAACGCUUUCCAUUUAAUAAUUGAUGAAAUGUGCACUCUUGUAUCUCCCUUUAAAUUCUUAAUUUAAAAAAAAAUAUAUCAUUUUUAAAAGUUUACAUUUUAAUAUAACUCAAGACACAUGGAAUCGAUUAAAGGUCUUUAUUUUUAAAAGCCUAAUGCCACCAUACAAUUUAUAAUGUACACCAAUCCCCACUUGACACGUCAUUCUUUUAUAAUGAAAUCUAAUUUGAAAAUAGAUUGCGCAUGUUCGAUACUAUCUCCCCUACCCUUAUUUUUAUUCAUUUAUCCAAACAUGGACAAUGAGAGAUUAAAGAGUGUAGACUCCAGAUUUACUUUGUCACUUUAAAAAAAAUAUUUUUUUUAAAGGCAUUGAUAUUCAUCUUGACAAGAAAUUUCAGUGACGCAUUCCCAUCUAAAAAUAGUAAACUGGGUGAUUGAAACAUAAAUAAAUUAUAAUCUAUUUUUUAGUAACAACACCACACCUUACGCGGCACAUUGGGCGGUCGCCCACUUCGCCAUCCCCUAACAACACCACACCUUACGCGGCACAUUGGGCGGUCGCCCACUUCGCCAUCCCCUAACAACACCACACCUUACACUUAACAAGUGAGUUAAGCCUUUCUAUUUACAAUACUGCCCCGCUGCAUUUCUAUAAAAUAGGAAAAGCAUUUUCUGACGCAUGGGUGACACACAUCCGGCACUUCAAUAUAUUGACCAGGAGGAAAGGCACACCUGCAAACUUAUUUUGUAGAUCCUUUAAAUUUUUAGCCAGUACUUUUUCAACGUAAUUUUACCUGUGCGUGAUAUCAAGGACAGACAUUGAGUUUCCUACCGACACACGCACUUUUUAAAAUGAAAAGAUGUGUCACCAUUCAGGUUAAAUUUUGAAGGUGUUGAUUAAGUAUUUUAAAUUCAAUGAAAGGAAGAAAAAAAAAACGAAGUUCUUAAAAUUACUAUUUGAGUCUACUCCCCGUUUGUGUAAUUUGUUUCUUGAGAUUACGAAAGAGGGUCUCAAGUUGUUAUCGUCCUUAAGUCUGAAAUUAUCCAUCGGGAAAAGGGGAUAUAGUUACGAAUUACUUGUAUUUGAAUAUUUUGACUCUUGAUUGAAGAUGCCCCAAUUUUUACAGUCAAUCGAAUAGAAAUAUACUAGAUAUUUUAUUUUGUUUUUCUCAACAGGUGUCCACCGAUUCUCCUUUAAGUGGUGGUUGCAAAUCAAAUCAAAUAUCCUUAGCUUAAACCUGGUUCAAAUGUUACAUCAGAGAAUUUGAUACCACUUUUAGUCUCAAAACUUGAAGGGUAAAGCCAUAUAAGCAAGAGAGGUUUCUCAGCGUAGGACACAGAACAGCGGUUACCGUAUCGAUACACGGAAGUGACGUCAACCCUUCUACAAGAGUCUCACACCAUGAGCGCAGAGUUAGUGAAUGGUCAACCAUAUCAUCCAGUGGAUGGCGCCAAGGAAGAUGUUGCAACGUUCGCGGUUGUUGAAAUAGAACGAAACGAUGCCAGGAAUUCAACUCGAGAAGCUACACACACACUUCCGGUUUUGGUAAGAUUUAACAUCUGCCUUUUAUUAUAUGAACACCGUGAAUUCGAUUAUCAUAUAUGUCAUCAGGUGUAACGCGGAUAGGAGAACUUGCUAAUUUUUUCCGUUUCUUUUUAAAAUUGUAUUUAUUUAUUUUAAAUUCACAUUUUUUUUUUUUUUUUUUUUUUUUUUUUUAAUUUUUUUUUUUUUUUUUUAAAUUUUUUUUUUUUUUUUUUUUUUUUUUUGUGUAGAAAUUCAAUUUUUAAACAUGAAAUAUUACGGCCAUAAAUUGAAAUGAAUAAAGACCCAAACUAGCAUGUAAAUCUAUAAAUGGAUUAACAAAUGAUGCCGACUUACUCAUGGCCUGCUGAUUUGUUUUGUUAUUCCUCUAAUUAAUUUCAAUUCGUGCAUUCCCUGAAGGUCAGACGUGUCCACUCUUCCGAGUUUUUACCUCGCCCCUUCACACGGACGGUUCAGUUGAUCAUCUGCUCAUAUCUCAGUGUGCUGUGUUGUUGCUUCUGUGGAGCUUUCGCUGCGGAAAAGGCAAUGGCGGCCAAGUUGUCACGUGAUAAGGGCAUCUACAUCGCAGCCAAGAAACAUGCCAGAAGAGCUGCAAUGUGCAUAAUAGCUGCAGUCAUAUCUGGUGCACUCAUCGUGAUCGUUGUCGGACUCGUCGUUGGUUUAACAGUACGAAGAAAAUAAAAGAUUUGAAAAUUGCCUGCAGAUCACUUUUUUAAGAAAGAUAAUCCAAAGGCUAAUAGAAAGAGCACGUUGGAUUAGUUUAAUGAAGCUAAAACAUUGUGGAAGAUUUGUGUCAAAGGUUUGUGUCAAAGAUUUGUGUCAAAGGUUUGUGUAAAAGGUUUGUGUCAAAGGUUUGUGUCAAAGGUUUGUGUCAAAGGUUUGUGUCAAAUGUUUCUGUCAAAGAUUUGUGUCAAAGGUUUAUGGGUUGGAGGUACGAGUCGGAAUCCCUGGAUUAAGCUUUGGUUUUAAUUUGUGCCGAUUCUUCCACUUCCCUUAGACAUGGCUAACACUGUAAGGCGCACACAGGGCAACUUUAACUUCAUUUUGAUCCUUGAUGGUCGUAACACCAUGACUUGCUCUACUCUUAUUUGAUAUAGAUAUAUGUAUUAUAUAUACUUAAAUUUGAUGACAAAAUUCACCAGAACGACAAACGCUGCCUGUCUUUUGUGUGAGUGCUUACUACAGAAAAUUGUUUCGGCAAAUGUUGUUCAGAAGUAGCAAUUUAGCAACUGAAUUUAAAAAAAAAUAUAUAUUCAUGUCACAUAACUGUUAUUAAAUUUUUCCCUUCAAUUUUAACUUAAAUUUGUAUAUAAUUUAUAAACUCACAAAUAUCAAAUAGCCUCUAUUACUUUUAUUUCAGCCCACUGACUACACACAACUAAAUAUACUUUAAAAAAUGGCAAAUUCAUUUUAUGGUUUACUUUUGUAUAUAUAUUGUUUGCCGCACAACUGGAAUUACUUUUUAAUUCUAGCAACGCAAUAAAAAUUAUUUUAUCGUAU